AUAAAAGGCACCGAAAAAUUGGCACCGUUUUCUAAAAGUAUCAUUGGCAUAGGAGCCGUUUGCCGACAUGGCUAAUUCAGGCCUAUGGUGGUCGCACAGACUGCUAGCCUUUGUACUUCUUAGCCAUUUGCUGUUCGUGUCAACAGCUCAAAAUUCAGUCACCCUUCCUGAUGAUGGCACAACACGAACAAACCUUGGCGAUGAUGCUUUACUGGAAUACGGGUAUACAACCGAACCUGGUGCCAGUAUGCUUUUUGAGGUGUGGAAAAAGAUGCCAUCGAGUGGCAUUGGUAACAAGGCCAAUAAUGGAUCAUUUGAUGUCUUUGCUGCUUAUCGGGGCAGGGUAGAGCCUGUUGGAGAGGCCAGCCUGAGACUCUUGUCUGUCACCAAGGACGAUGCCGGAGAGUACCAGCUCUCUACAACCUUCAGCGAUGGCACCUCGGAUAGGAAAGAGAGGACCCUCAUCGUCCAGUUUGCACCAGAGGACACGACAGUCACAGCCACCCCUGGCCUGAUAGCGCAGGAAGGUGUCACCGAGGUGUUGCUCACUUGCCAGGCAGGUGGCAUCCCCGCACCCACCUACACCUGGACAGGUGCUAACCUCCCCGCCGAUGCCGCACAAGAUCCCAACACGGGAACCCUGACGCUCACCAACAUCCAGAGAGCCGCAGCAGGCCAGUACACCUGCACAGCUGACAACGGAGUUCCGCAGCUCCCAGGAGACGACCCUGCAGCACUGACCAACAGUGUCAAUGUCCAGGUCCAAUAUGGUCCCAGCUCUGCCACCAUCUCCAGGGACCCAGUGGACAAGGUCGUCCAGUGGAGCACGGUCACCCUCAGCUGUGCCGUGGACACCGCCAACCCUCCCGCCACAUACACCUGGAGCCGAAUCAACGGCACCCUCCCCACCAACACAGACGAGGACAAGGUCGCCGGCACGCUGAGGCUGAGGUCCAUCCAGCACGACGCUGUCGGAACCUACCAGUGCGCUGCAUCCAACGGGAUCGGGAACGCCGUGACCGCCACUCAUGUUAUUGAUGAAGUGGAAGAAGACUAUUGCGCUGCAAAUCCGUGUUGGUCCGGAGGAACGUGUUUGGGUGGCUCAACAAGUUACACCUGCACCUGUCCAUCUGGGACCUUGGGACAGAACUGUGAAACAGUCCACAACAACAAGUGCUACCGACAGUCGCGAGACGCCCUGUCCCAUAAGGAAGCCGCAGCAGCCUGUGUGUUCAUGGGAGGGCAGCUGGUGGACAUCAAGGAUCCUCAUGAACAGCAGAUACUGAAUGACAUCAUCCGGAGCACCAACGAUGUCUCCCACUGGACAUUCAUGAAGUCACAGUCCCCCGAACUCCUCCAUAUCGAUGGUUCUACCUUGUCGUUGCAGUCGUCUUGGAUGGCUAGUGAUAUCUACGGCCCGUUCGACAUCUGUGUGCUGCUGGACCGGGAACAGAGUUACAAAGGAGACUUCCACGCCUGCACAGAACAGCACAACUACUUCUGCGAGUCCCCUGUGAUCCAAUGCCAACCUAACGUGUGUCAGAACGGCGGAUUCUGCAAGUCCUGCUUCAAUGGUUCCCCCAUGUGUGCCUGUAGUCCCGGAUACACCGGCGUUUUCUGUGAAACGGACAUAAAUGAGUGUGCAUCUAACCCUUGUCAGAAUGGUGGAACGUGUCAUGACCAUGUCAACUCCUUCGCCUGUUUCUGUCGUCUUGGAUACGACGGAGAUGUGUGCGAAAACGAUAUCGACUACUGUGCCACGAGCCCCUGUCCACCUGGUUGGACCUGUGUGGACCAAGAGGUUGGAUUUCACUGUGAUGUGCCCAAUGGAGCGAAAGCCAGGUCCACCCUUUGUAUGGCGUCCCCCUGUGGUUCUGGAUGGACCUGUGAAGAUACCGGUCCUCGUACUGGCUACACCUGUACUCCAGGAUCUUAAUCCCACUAAAUUCGAGCAUCUUUCUAUCCGUCUAUGAAACCGGAUUUGCCUUUUGGAACAUGAUACAUAACAGUAAUUCAUGUGCUGCACAAUAUACCGUAGUUUCAUCAAUAUUAUGUUUGCCAAGUAUUCAUAAAAAAUUGCCUAAUAUUCACAAUAUACAGACAAUCUUGACGGGGUCAUUCAUAAAAAUUCAAUUCGCAUCAUCCCCGCACUGUUAACGGGAAUCAAUCAAACUAAAGUACAAACUACUUACCAUUCGUGACAUUUUCUAUUACAUAGGUUUUACAACAAUAUUGGUCUUUAAAAGUUAUUUUUGUCUAACUUAAAUAAAAGCAAAAGAUGCGUACUAUAUGUACAACUUUGAAUUAAUCGAAUUUCUUGGCAAUAAGAUUCAAUGCAAUGUUUGCAAAGUUUCUUGUCUGCAUGUCUGCACAUUCUUUUCACUGCAAUAUCUUACUCUUUGAAAUAAAAUACUGUAUAACAAGAA